UAGAUGUAAGCUAUGGUCGAGCGUGGGAUGAUUUGAAGGAAGAGGGGAAGGGAAGGGAAACUCAAAUAGGAUACGGUACACCCAAUCGAAUCGCCGCAACAUCCUUUCAAACACUCGCCGGCGACGGAGCUCCGCCGCAACCAGGCGGCGCGGGACAUUGCGACAUCGAGCCGCACGCUGGGCUAUAUAUAGGUGGUACAUGUGUCGUCGUAUGCGCUGUGGUGGGACUUCACGCUUCUAUUUUUUUAAUCCUCUCGAUGGUUCAAGAUGGUGAGUUAUUCCUCUGGAAAUUGCCGCUGCUUCUGCGAUUCUUAGGUUACGGAAGAAAUUAAGCUUUUUUCUUAUCUAUAUUGGAACGACUUUUAUGCACAAGAGAAUAAUGGAUGCGAAACUAGCAUUAUCUAUGAAAAAUUCAAAUGGAAGACAGCUUAGUAACUUUGGAUCGUCAACAGAUUUAUCUUCUUCACAUCUUGAUCAGUCUAGUACAUUGGAAGAAAGAUAUGCAAAAACCUCCGACUCCCAACACAUUACAGUAGAGAGGGAACUUGUGCAUUGCUCUGGUGUUUCGCCAUUGUCUUCCAGCAGUGGAGUUGUUGGGCAUAUAAUCUCUUCUGCUUCAGAGUUUUCUACCGACCUUCAUUCUUCAUCGCUCCAACAACAGGAAAAGUACCCUCAACAAUCUCCGUUCAUAUCUCAGUCGGCCAGUACUGAAAAAUCAUCCAUACUACCACAUCAUGUCGAUUCCCAAAAACUUCAAUCCACUGCCUCAAGUCAUUUCAAUCCAGAAAACAACGAUCAGUGGUGCGCUGAUAUCCUUCCCAAUUUUCUUGAUUUUCCCAUGAGUAGCACUUGCAGUCUACUAGACGCUAACAGCAGUUGCAGCAUUAACAUCCCAUCCGAGGAAAUUGGUAGAGUUAAUGAUUGGCAAGAGUGGGCCGAUCAGCUUCUUACCGACAACAACACAUUGACAGCUGAUUUAAAUGGACUUCUUGCUGAUCAUAGUGUUACCGACAAUCUAGGACCAAAGGCUUCAAAUCCGAUUUCCCAGGAUUCGGCAACUAUCUCCAUACAGCAGAUUCAUAUAACUCAACGGCAUCAAGGUACACCCGGAGAAGCUUGCACUAGUGGCGGUCAGUCAUCCUCUGCAAAUUCUGCUCCCGCGAAGCAACGCAUGCGUUGGACACCUGAACUCCACGAGGCCUUUGUAGAAGCAGUCGGGAAGCUUGGGGGCAGUGAAAGAGCUACUCCCAAGGGUGUACUGAAACUAAUGAAAGUUGAAGGUUUAACCAUCUAUCAUGUUAAAAGCCACCUGCAGAAAUAUCGGACUGCUCGAUACAUACCGGACACUCCCGAAGAAUCUUCUGAGAAAAAAAUUCCUUCCAUUGACGAUUUGUCAUCGCUGGAAUUAAAAACAGGUAUCGACAUUUCUGAAGCACUACGGUUGCAGAUGGAAGUUCAAAAGCGACUUCACGAACAACUUGAGAUCCAGCGAAACCUACAGCUUCGGAUAGAAGAACAGGGAAAAUAUCUUCAAAUGAUGUUGGAGAAGCAGGCGGGAAUGGCCAACAACAUAGAAGACACCAAAGAUGUCGCAUUCGAGAAUGACGAGAUAGAAGAAACAAUCGACAAUGCAGCCAGCGAGGCCAAAUCAUCAAAGCGUGCCAAAUUGAACAAGUAAGCCUCCCGACUCCUGUUGUUGUUGUCAAUCAAUUCGAUCGAUAACUUAGGCGUUGUUUCAUAAUUGGAGGUUUUAGACAAUUAUUGUCCUAAAAACCUGUGGAAUUCUGAAUGGGAAGUGUUCAUUUCAUUUCCCAUUUCUCCACAUAAGUUCUUGAUUUUUUGAGACUUUGAGAACCUUUCUUCGGUACUUUC